CUGACUGGGAUGAAUAACAGCAGAGAGGACAAUAUUGUGGUCUAGCUGAGCACGGCUGACUCUUCUGUCUCUGUGAUCCCUCUAUCAAUAAGGAGCACAGGCCUGUCAGAAGGCCUGCCAACUGUCUGGCUGUCCGCGCAGCCUGCACUCUACGCAACAUCUGGACACAGAUGGUGUCCUCCAUGGACUUCAUGGCGAUGAAGCGUUCGCAGCUGUACGGCAUGGCCAACAAUCCCUACUCCAGCCCACAACAGCCGGGGCCUUAUCCUCCUAGCCAGACAUACACGUCACCUCCUCCACAUAGAUAUCCAAUGAGCAUGCAGGGAAGGGGUCAAAUGGGCAUGGGCGGGAUGCAGUAUCCUCAACAGCAGCAGGUGGCACCAUAUGGCCAGCAGGGGAUGGGCGGUUACAGCCAGCAGCAGCAGCAGCAGCAGGCGGGGCAGCAGGGGACCUCUCCAUACUUUAGCCCCCCUCAGCAGACCCCUCCAGGCCCGACCCAGAGCCCCUACCUGCAGCCUCGACCACCACCACAACAGGCCCAGCAGGAGGCCUACAGCACCAGGGGUCCUGCACCAGGAAACUCUGGUAAGGCCAACAAUGAGGAUGGCGUCCCCCAGGACCGCCCGUCCAGUCUGCCGGAUCUGUCCGGCUCGAUUGAUGACCUCCCCACUGGGACGGAGGCUGGUCUGGGCUCAGCCGUCAGCGCCGGCGGCUCCUCCAGCAGCAACAGCAGUAGCCAAGGGGAGCAGGGAGGGGCCAGCAACCAGGGACAGUCCCCCUUCUCUCCUCACGCAUCCCCCCACCUCCCCAGCCACAGGAGCGGGCCCUCUCCCUCCCCUGUGGGCUCGCCUGCAGGCUCCACUCAGUCCCAGCAGUCGCGAUCAGGCUCUGGACCCAUCUCUCCUGCCAGCGGACCCUCUGCCAACACCACCGCACCAGACAGGCGUGCGAAUGUGUGUGUGCACACUGUUCCCGCCUGGCCUACCCGUCAUCCCGCCACCUCUCUGCCCGACUGCACGGCUGACCGGAGCAUCAGCAUGUCUCAGACCUACAUCGGGGAUGAGGCAAGCAGACAUUCGUCUCUCAUCGGGAUGGAUGUGAGGCUGAAUGGGACCGCUGGCAUUCAAGCUUCCAUCACUGACUGUGAGUGUUGUCCAUUCCUGGCCCUGCAGUUGACCCCAGUUAUCCCAGUCAUAGGAGGUGUGCUGUUUCUAUUUGUACUGGGGACGCUCCUGAGGACUAGCUUCAGUGACCCAGGUGUGCUGCCCAGGGCCACCCCUGAUGAAGCGGCUGACCUGGAGAGGCAAAUAGAUGUGGCUAAUGGCAGUACUGGCUACAGGCCCCCUCCCAGGACCAAGGAGGUGGUCAUAAACGGCCAGACAGUCAAGCUGAAGUACUGCUUCACCUGCAAGAUCUUCAGACCACCACGUGCCUCCCACUGCAGCCUCUGUGACAACUGUGUGGAGCGUUUUGACCACCAUUGUCCGUGGGUGGGGAACUGCGUGGGAAGGAGGAACUACCGUUUCUUCUACAUGUUCAUCCUCUCCCUCUCCUUCCUCACCAUUUUCAUCUUCGCCUUCGUCAUCACACACAUCAUUUUGCGCUCCCAUCAAAGCGGGUUCCUCAACGCACUUAAAGAUAGUCCUGCCAGUGUGCUGGAGGUGGUGGUGUGUUUCUUCUCUGUCUGGUCCAUUGUGGGCCUCUCAGGCUUCCAUACCUACCUAAUCAGCUCCAACCAGACUACCAAUGAAGAUAUAAAAGGGUCUUGGUCUUCUAAAAGAGGGAAAGACAACUACAACCCCUACAGCCAUGGCAAUAUAUUCACCAACUGCUGUGCAGCACUGUGUGGACCCCUGCCACCGAGUCUCAUUGACAGACGGGGCUUUAUCCAAUCAGACGCACCACAGCUGGCACCACCAACCAAUGGCAUCACUAUGUAUGGCGCCACUCAGUCUCAGCAGAGCCACAUGUGUGACCAAGACCAGUGCAUUCAGAGCACCAAAUUCGUUUUGCAGGCCGCCGCCACACCUCUCCUCCAGCAGCAGAGUAGCGAGCCAGUCAUCCUGACGGCCACCUCUGAAGACGGAGGCUCUCUAUCCGGCCGCACCUCCCUCGCCCUGGGCGGCCCGUGCACCUCACUCCCCCUCGGCCAGCCCACGCCUCCAACGUCCACCCCCAGCCUCAGCUGCCACGAGGCCAACGACAUGCUGCCAAUGCACGGACACAGCCACACACACAACCACAGCCACCCCCUCCAGGAGCCGGUGGGCCACCACCACUUUCUUACCCCAGAGGAAGUGCCCUCGCCACCAGGUAUGCUUCCUUGCGGCAGCCCCCUGGGUCACAGCCACACCAUGCAGGCCGGCUUCUACAACCCAGCCAGCCAGGACUCACUACAUGAGGACUCUGUGAGAGGAUUGGUAAAGCUCAGCUCCGUCUGACAAAGGGAUGUAUACCACCUCCUCCCUCCUGAAAACAUGCAUCCAGCCCAUGAAACCCUCCUGUGCCACUUUUGUACCAACUCGCUCUCGCCUCAGCAGGACUUGAGAACUGAAAAGGGCUGUGGUUUAAAUUCAGCUGCUAGAAACUGAAUGGAAUUUAUAUGAACUGAACUGAAACCAGUUGUCCUCAGCCAAUGUCUUGCCAAAACGUCUGCGCUGCUGGAACUGGGAGAGGAGAUGUUUUCUGGUGUGAUGCCCUGUAUGACAGCUCGGACAUCUGUUUUUUUUUUUUUUUUUUAUAUUUUUUUUGUUUAACUUCAAGGGAAGAAUAAUCCAUUAGCCCGCGGAUACUGGAUAGGGGAGGGUUUUUUUCUGUGUGGCGUAGGUCUGAACCAUGUCAAGCGUUUUGACAUUACAUGACAUUUUUUUGGUCAAAAUGAUGAAUUUCCAUUAAUGGAUUACAGGUCUGACAGGUUUUUUUGUAAAACAAACACUAUUUGCCUGUUGCUGAUUGGACGGUGUCUUUUGCCUUUUUGUUUUUGUUCUUGGACAUUCUCAGCAGUGCAAUGGUUGAAGUCAUGUUGCAUAUCAUCCUGCUUUUUCUAUGUUUAAAAAAAAAAAUAAGAGACUGUUGUACUGUACCAUGGUUAUUACAAAUCUUACAAAUUAUUAUAUUUCCCGUGGAUAUUAAUAAAACGCCAACUUUUUAUCAGA